AAAUACGAAAAUUAAAAUUUUUUUUUGAAAGAAAAUUUAUGAAAAAAAAAUUUAAAAAAAUUCUUAUAAUCAUUUGAAAAUAUGCUUAUAAACCAGUUAUAGUUUCUUUUUAUUUGUGCAUUUUUUUAUUAACCAAGCAAGCAUGACUAACUUACCAAAUGUCAAUUGGAUUUAAUGCAAAAAAAAAAACCUUACGGCCGUGCAGAAUUAAUAAACUAAAAGAAAAUUCUUGAAAAAGAUAAAAAAAAAAUUGAAAGAAACUAAAAAAAAAAUACAUUAAAGCAAUUUCAACACCUGUGCAGUGAAGUUGAACUGUUUGCUGCUUCUUUACAAGACGAUUUUGAGUGCAUCAGAAAAUUUUCAAAACAUAUUUUAAAGUGAACAAAACAAACUAAAAAAGCAAACCAGUAUUUUAACUUAUUAACCAAGAAAUUUGGAAAAAAUCAUUAAUUUAAAAUGAAAAUUAUGUAUUACUAAAACAUGUUUCAACAUGUUUUUGUUAUUAAACGCAAAACAUCAUAUAAACGACCUUGUCUGAACAAAAAUCUUUAAAGAUUUUCUAAAAAAUAAUUACAUUUUCACAAAACCAUUCAAAAACGAAUUUAAUUAAAGGCAUUCAUUGUAAUCUCAACAUUUUAACAGCCACUACAAAACAAGCAAACAAAAAUUUAAAAAGAAGUUUCACUACAAUGCUUUUUACUUACAACACAAAUUUAUAAACAAAAAAUUAAAAAUUAAUUAGCUUAAAUGAAAAUACCGCAACUAAACACGUCAUUUUGUGUUUAUGUUAAGUUUAAACAACUUGUAAAUUAUAAUUUAUAAACAAAAAUUAAAUAAAUAUUAAACACAAAAACUUACAUAAGGAUUUUUGCCACAUACUUGUUUUUUUUGGGGGAUUACUUUCAUCUGCAAACUCUUCGGCUGCUGCUAUUUUUGGAUUUUUAUAAACUUUGUUUGCUGAUUAAAUAAUAUAAUAAUAAUAAUUUUACGGUUUUCUUGAAAACCCAGCAACCUUAAUCAUCUUUUAAAUCAUCUUUCCUCUUUGUUCAAAACUUUAAAUCUUAACUUAACAAGAUGCUAAAACACGUACAAAUCUCACCCUUGCGCAAUCGUUCGGAUUCAGUUUCCAUGCGUUCAAGUACCUCUUGUGCCUCCUCCAUGUGUGGCAGUCCUGAGCCACCCAGCGAUUUACAACGAACCCCCUCCAGAGCCUCCAGUUAUUCCAGUUUAAAUGAACAAUUGCCUCAGACAACUAUUAAAGUAUUUACCAGCUGUUUGAAAAUUGAUAUUGAAUACAAAACUUUGGGCAUACAGUGGGAUACCACUAGUAAGGAUGUUAUCAUGCAGCUUUUAAGACGCCUUAAAAUGCGUCAUCGUGAUCCCCGUUUAUUCUAUUUAUCCAUGGAAGUUUCCGUUAGACGUGCUGGCGUUAAAACCAUUUUGGUUUUAGAUGAAGACACCCGGCCAGCCAUAUUGCAAGCAUGUCAUCCCAAAGGUGAAUCCAGAUUUUGUUUGCAGCUUAAGCCUGGUGGUCUAAUAAGAGUCCACACAUCUGCUUUGCAACCCUCUUCACAAUAUAAAUCCCUGGUAAUAUCCGAGGAAACCACCUCAGAUGAAUUAUUGCAAUUGCUGCUAUCCUGUUACAAUUCCAUGGAACCAGUGGAACAAUUCUCCAUAUAUGAAGUGUGCCCAGGACAAGAGUAUCAACGUAAACUACACCCAGAUGAUAUUCCCCUGAGAGCCCAGGCCGAACGUGCCAAACGUGGUGAAACUUGCCAUUUUCUGGUGAGACGUAAUCCCAACUAUGCUAGACGUCGCCAAAUUUUGAAUGCCCUCGAUGAAGUGGUGAAAACCUAUGGCUCUUCGACGUCCACCACUACCGCCUCUGCCCACCCUAAUAAGUCCUAUGAUACUGACAGUAGUCUAUGCUCUUUGGAUGACAGCUCUAGUUUAUUGGAUGUUUCGAUGGACUCACUAUCGGAUGAUAUGCAAAGUUUAAUGACCAGCGAUGAUGAAUGUGCCUCCUCAACAUCUGGCUCUUCAGAUAGCUCCUCGGAUGGCUGCAGCAGUAUUACCAGAACUCCCUCUACCCUCACCAUAGUCAAACAGCCCAUAGAUAUGUGUGUGCACUGUCAAAAUAACUACAAGUCAUGUGAUUUUUGUCACAAAAAUCCGAACAUGAACUUGCUAUUGAGAAGUCCCAAAUGCAGCAAUACCUCCUUUAACAACAACAACACCUCCAUCUCCAACCUACCCACCUACAGUCCUGUAUAUAAUAUACGCGAGAUAAGAACAGCAUCGCAUUCCUUUUCGUUUUUGGGCAAUGAUAAGAAAUUAUUGGAUAUCGAACUAAAUGGACGUUUUGAGGCGCCUGCCAAUCGUUUACGGCCCCAAAGUGUGUACAUGGGUCGUACAUUGCCACGCAUGAUUAUGGAUGCCACCAGCACCUAUGAAACCACUUCCGCUGAUGAAUUACUCACGCCAGAUGUUAAUGGCAAUCAUAAAGUUAGUUCGUCUACGGAAACUAGUAAUGUAGCGGGAGAAGCGGUUAAUAAUAAUCCAGCCAAGGGUUUGGGCCAUUUUGUUUAUAUAUAAGUUUGAGGGGGGACCUAAUAAGGCCUAGUUUAAGGGGUCCUAAUGUAUAUUUUUAUGGUCAAGUAUUUUUUUUGUUGUUGAUAAAUGUAAAAGAAUAGACGCUUUAUUAUUUA